CAAAUUCUGAAUGCAGUUAGAGGAUCCCCAGGAGCAGAGUGUCUGGAUGGAGCCUGAGCUGGGUCUCUGACUCAUUUCUAACUGUAGUUCUUUCAAUGGGGAAAAUGGCAAAGGUGUUUAAGUUCAUCCUUGUUGCCACUGCUGUGAUGAUGAUCAAGGAGAGUUGGGCUCUCGAGAAUUGUGCCCAGGAGCAGGCACGGCUCAGAGCCCAGGUGCGCCUGCUGGAGACCCGGGUCAAACAGCAACAAGUCAAGAUGGAGCAGCUUUUGCAUGAGAAGGAAGUCCAGUUCCUUGACCGUGGAGGGGAGAAUAACAUCAUUGAUCUGGGAGCCAAGAGGCAGUAUGCAGAUUGUUCAGAGAUUUUCAAUGAUGGAUAUAAACAGAGUGGAUUUUACAAGAUCAAACCUCUCCGGAGCCCAGCAGAAUUCCCUGUUUAUUGUGACAUGUCUGAUGGAGGUGGCUGGACUGUAAUUCAGAGACGAUCUGAUGGCAGCGAGAACUUUAACAGAGGCUGGAAUGACUAUGAAAAUGGCUUUGGAAAUUUUGUCCAAAAAAAUGGCGAAUAUUGGCUAGGUAAUAAAAAUCUUCACUUACUGACCACACAAGAUGACUACAAUUUAAAAAUCGACCUUGCAGAUUUUGAAAAAAAUAGCCGUUAUGCACAAUAUAAAAAUUUCAAAGUGGGAGAUGAAAAGAAUUUCUAUGAGUUGAAUAUCGGGGAAUAUUCUGGAACUGCUGGAGACUCCUUGGCAGGGAAGUUUCAUCCUGAGGUGCAGUGGUGGGCGAGUCACCAAAGAAUGAAGUUCAGCACGUGGGACAGAGACCAUGACAAUUAUGAGGGAAACUGUGCGGAGGAAGAUCGGUCUGGCUGGUGGUUUAACAGAUGUCACUCCGCAAACCUGAAUGGUUUUUACUACAGUGGCCCCUACACAGCCGACACGGACAAUGGGAUCGUCUGGUACACCUGGCAUGGGUGGUGGUAUUCAUUGAAAUCUGUGGUUAUGAAAAUCAGACCAAAUGAUUUUAUUGCAAAUAUUGUUUAAUUGUCCCUGUUGGGCCUUUAUUUCUGCAAUUCAUCUUGGUUUAAAAUGAUUUGAAAAUAGCAAAUCAGACCCAUGAAUAAUGGCCAUUGUUGUGUGUACCACUUUUCAUUCUUCUUACUUGCCUGUAUGAGUUAAUGUACUUAAGCACAGCAGAUAUGCAAUAUUUGCCAAAUAAAGGUAGAUGAUGUUAAUA